AUGGAUGAGGCAUAUUUCGAAUUGUGUAUAGCUGAAAUGUACAAGGCUUCACCUUGUUCUACAGACAAGAUAUUGGGUUUGAUAAAAGACUUGAAUGUACUUCCUGGUAUAUUGGAAGGUCUUCCCUUGUUUUUUGCCUUGGAUCUUGUCUGUUUAGCAGAUAGCCAAAAGCUAAUGCAUUUAGAAUCAUGGCUUCAAGAACAAUUCUCAAAGCAGCAGCAACAAUCAGAAAAAGAUGCUUAUGCUAGUCGAUGUCUGGAUUUCUUAAAUCAAAAGAUAGUCAAUGAAUAUGAAAGACAGACAGGAAAAGAUACUCAAAAGAGCAUGCCUGUCUCUCUUGAAGCCAUAAGUACAUUAUUGAAAGUCUUAUCAGAAAGUGGUUUGUCUCCUCAUUAUGUUGACAUGAUGAAAGAAGUCCAAAACAAAUGCUUACAAGCAUUUCCUAAACUUAUCAAUAUUGGAACACAAGCCAUACCUGGAUCCACAGGUGCAGAAGUCUCAUUUAAGCCUGACAUUGAAGAAGAAGCCAAUCUUUAUUAUGAGCGUAUCUAUAAUGGCGAGUUAAGUAUGGAGGCCAUGAUUGAACUAUUGAAGCGGCUUUCUGUAUCUCAAGACCCAAGAGAACAAGAUGUGUAUGCUUGUAUGAUUCAUAACUUGUUUGAUGAGUAUGCUUUUUUCCCUAAAUAUCCAGAUAAAGAACUGUCGAUUACAAGUACAUUACUUGGUUCGCUUAUCCAGCAUCGAUUAGUGUCCUUUGUGCCCUUGGGAAUUGCACUACGCUAUGUGUUGGAUGCACUAAGGAAUCCGGUUGGCUCAAAAAUGUUUACUUUUGGUGUACAGGCACUUGGGCAGUUUCAAUCACGUUUGUCUGAAUGGCCUCAAUACUGUACACAUUUGCUUCAAAUCCCUCAUUUUGUGCAAUCUCAGCCUGAUCUAGUAAGCUUUAUUCAACAAGCAUUGCAUAGUAAAGAAACAGCAGCAACAACAACAGCGGUGGACCUUAUGCCUGUGAGUAUUCCUUUUAUCAGCGUACAUGUACCUCCUACACCCAAAGGCAAUAUUGUCUACACAGAUCCUCCUAGUUCAGUUCAAGAAAAGAUUUUAUUUAUCAUUAACAAUGUGGCACUCAACACAAUGGAAACAAAAGUAGCAGAUCUCAAGGAAAUAUUGAAACCAACUAGUUUUGAAUGGUUUAGUCGUUAUUUGGUCGUCAAGCGUAUUUCUUCUGAGCCUAACAAUCACGAACUGUAUGUGUUAGUGCUGGACUUAUUUGGAUCAAAAUUACUCUAUUUGCAUGUCUUGAAUGAGACGUUGGCCAAUAUUUUGGUCUUGCUGAAUUCUGAAAAGACAGUUUCUCAUUCUUCAGAACGUACUUUACUCAAGAAUCUCGGUGCAUGGCUUGGAAGGAUUACAUUGGCCAAAAACAAACCUAUUCUUCAUAAACACAUUGCAUUCAAAGAUUUAUUGUUGGAAGGAUAUGAUACACAACGCUUGAUUGUAAUAAUUCCGUUUGUCUGCAAAGUACUUGAACAAGGUGCUAAAAGCAAGAUAUUUAGGCCACCUAAUCCUUGGUUGAUUUCUAUUCUUAAGCUCUUGGUUGAACUGUACGACUAUGCAGAUCUCAAAUUAAAUCUCAAGUUUGAAGUCGAGGUAUUAUGCAAGAGUUUAUCGAUUGAACUCAAAGACAUCACACCUACCAGUGUAUUGAAAAAAAGGCAACAACCUACCAGUGUGUCUAAAGAAGCGUUUAAUCCUCCACCACCUCCUUCCACUAGACUUGAUACGAUUCCUAUUCCUAACUUGGCACCUUAUUUAGUGUUCAAUCCUCAAAUCGUAUUGUAUUCUUCUCAACCAGGUGCCAAACACUUAGUGUUACAGGCAUUUACAGAAUCCAUUCGAGAAUUCAUUGGUCCUGUCGUAGAGCGUGCUGUUGCGAUUGCUGCUGUCUCCACACGCCAUUUAGUCAGUAAGGACUUUGUGACAGAAGCAGAUGAAAACAAGAUGCGAAAAGCAGCUCAUAUGAUGGCUCAAAAUCUAGCUGCCAGUCUUGCCAUGGUCACUAGCAAAGAGCCACUCAGGCUAAGUGUGGUGGCUAACUUGAGGACUAUCUUUUUAGCCCAUGGAUUGAACGAUAGCAUGGCAGAACAAGCGAUUAUCUUGACCGUCGCUGAUAAUUUGGAUCUGAUGUGUGCCGUCAUUGAAAAGGCAGCCAUAGAAAAAGCCACUGUGGAGAUCGAUGAGACAUUGACCACCGCUUUUGCUGCUCGUAAACAACAUCGCGAACAACGACCCAAUCAACCUUUUGUGGAUAUGGAGACAUAUCAAAUGUCAAGGUUUCCAACUCACUUACCACAACCUUUGCGUCCAAAACCAAACGGAUUGCAACCUGCUCAAUUGAGUGUCUAUGAAGAUUUCAUGCGUAUUCCUCGUACUUUAUCAAAUGCGACUGCUGUUACUACGCCUCUUGUGGCGCCAACAGCUGCUACUGCUACUACACCAAUGAGUAGUCAUACUGCCAUUAUGACAAAUGGCUCUAUCAUGGAUACCAACCAUGUUCGUAUGGAUUAUCCAAACUAUAGUUCGCCUGCCAUGGCAUUUGAUACUUUGCCUGGCCAUCUUCCAAUUUUAAAUGCACACAUUAUCAUGGACCGGUUUGCUCAAUACAUGACUGAGCUUGAUAAACUCAUACACCAAACAAACAUCAACACAAUCAACGGUCUACCUCCACAAAGUGAUAUUCGAAACUUGGUCAGACAGAUUCCUUUACUUGCCUUGUCAAGUCAUGACAAAGCAGAAGUAGCCAGAGCAUUUGCACAAAAAGUAGUUCAAUUGCUUUACAAGAGUGAAACGCCAUUAGCUAUUGAAGUCUAUGUUGUCUUGUUAGAACAUUUGUGUGAAGUAUCACCUAACGUAGGCACCCUAGUCACUUCUUGGUUGACCCAUGCUGAUGAUGAACGUAAAUACAAUGUGCCAGUAACCGUCGCUCUGAUGAAAGCAGGCUUGAUUCAUUUAUCUGAACAAGAUCAAGAACUAUCUGUUUUAAUUGAUAGUGGAAGAACAAGUGCAAUUGAAUUUACUGUGCGUUUGAUUCGAGCUUGUCUGUUGAGUGACUAUCCAUUAGCCACAAGACAGGAAUUUAUGGCUUCUUUAGAAGCACUCAGUCGUAUUAAGACACCUUAUCCCAUGGUCAUUUCUUUACUUGAAGACUUGCAAAAGAUGGCUAAACCUCAACAGAAAGAAAUGAAUAUCAAAGAUGCUGGUCUUCGUGAACAACUCCAGUUUUACUUUGCAGAAUGGGUACGUUUAUAUCAACAUCCAGCUACAACAGACAAGACGAUGCAAGCCUUUGCUACUCAGCUCUCUCAACAAGCCGUGUUUAAAUCCGAUAGCUAUUUGUUUUCUCGUAUUGCUAUUGAAGCUUCGAUUGAGCAUGCUAUCAAGUUUAAAAUGGUACCUGGCCAAUCGGUCAGCAUAGCUUAUCAGCCCAUUGAUGCUUUGUCUAAACUGAUUGUGUGCCUAGUACAAGCUGAAGGUCAAGUAGACUAUUUCAGCCGUGUCUUGUCUGUGAUUGUGUUGUGUAUGGCUCAACAUCAUCAAGUGCGUGGUCCGUUGUUUGAUCAAAGGCCCUUUUUGAGAUUACUGGCUAGUAUCUUGACUGAUUUGCAUUUAGUUGAACAGCAUAUUCAGCCACUGUAUUUACCUUUGUUGACAGCAUUCAGUGAUACAUUAUAUACAUUACAACCUAGUUAUUUUACAGGAUUCACAUUUGCUUGGUUGCAAUUGAUGUCACAUCGUUUCUUUAUGCCUCAACUGUUAAUGUCUGAUAAUCAAAAGGGAUGGCCUAGCUUCCAGCGAUUGCUUGUCUGUCUGUUCAAGUUUUUGGCUCCUUAUCUUUCUCAAACUGAGUUAGGUGACACUACACAUAUGCUCUACCGAGGCACGUUACGUGUGCUGCUUGUGUUGCUCCAUGAUUUCCCUGAAUUCCUGUGUGAUUAUCACCAUAGUUUUUGUGAUGUAAUUCCAAUCAGUUGUAUCCAAAUGCGCAAUUUGAUCUUGAGUGCUUUUCCUCGAAACAUGCGGUUGCCUGACCCUUUCACGCCCAAUCUGAAAAUCGACUUGUUGCCUGAAAUCCAUCAGUCUCCUCGAGUCUUGUCUGAUUAUACGACUGUACUUGCUCAUCUAAAGCAACCAUUAGAUCAAUGCAUAGAGAGAUCACCCUCUUCUCGCUUGUUGAAAGAUAUCUCGAGCCAAUUGACCAAGAAGGUGGACAUACCUCUUAUGAAUGCAGUUGUGUUCUAUUUAGGCACGUUGGCCAUUGCUAAAGGCACACCAGUCCAUCAAGGACCUGCUAUGGAUAUCUACCAACAUUUGUUGUCUGAAUUGAAUUCAGAAGGGCGUUAUUAUUUCUUGAGUGCCAUUGCCAACCAAUUACGCUAUCCCAAUAGCCAUACACAUUACUUCAGUUGUGUGUUAUUGUAUUUGUUUGUGGAAGGCAAAAAAGAGAUCACCAAAGAACAAAUCACCCGUGUUCUUUUAGAGCGUUUGAUUGUCAAUAGACCUCAUCCUUGGGGCCUAUUGAUUACUUUUAUUGAAUUGAUCAAGAAUCCUCGGUAUAGUUUUUGGAAUCAUUCAUUUACUCGCUGUGCGACAGACAUUGAACGAUUGUUUGAAAGUGUUUCAAGGUAA